AAGGAAAACCCCAGUCAAAGCGUUAAUUAAUACAUCCUCGAAAUUUAAUACUAUUAGUAAAAGGUUGUUCAAUAAGCUUGAAGAAGAUUAUGGAUUGGAAGGCGUAUCUGGUGAUGAUUUGAUAGAUGAUAUGAGUAUCCCAUUGAUCGAAAGAGAUGACAGGUCCAUGGAUGACUCAAAGAGUCAUAAAACCAGCUCUGAUAAUAAACACCAAAAGAACCAUCAUGGGAUAUUUUGCAACAUAACUCCUGUACCUCUACCAUCCAGAAGAUUAAAUGAUGAUGUACCUAAAAAUAGCAGAGCUAGUAAGAAUAAGAAAUAUCCUAAAGUAGAUUUAGGCGAUGGGUGUGGAAAGCUUUCAUUAAAAACACACCUCAAUAAUAUUUGGAAGUCAGUUCAUUCUAUAGAAAAUGAUAUAGAGUAUGGAAUUUUUGAAAAACUCCAUAUUAUUGAGUAUGAACUAAGUUGUUUAAAUAAAGGAAAGUUACCAUGGAUAAAAUCUGAGACAGAUCCUUCUAAUUCUUGUUUACAUCAAAAUAAGAGCAAGAAAGGUGGAGGUAAGUAUUUCACAGAUUUGAAUACUGACACUUUCGAUACAAGCACUUCUUAUUCCUCCAAUUCAGGUCCAGAAGGUAUGGCGCCCAAAAAAUCCAAUAAAGAUACUGAUUCGAAACAAUUAGAAAAGAAUAUCAAAUCAAGACCACCUCUUGCACGAUUAGCUAAAGAGGAUAUCGAUUGUAUUAUGUAUGCCAGAGACUUGAAGGGUGGGUCUAAAAAAGUUUCAGAGUGGUAUAAAAUCGGCAACCCAAAGUGUAAUAAAAUUUGGAAAUCUGAAGACCCGUACUCAUAUGCUAACUCAAUCGGUGAACCUAACUUGCCUGAAUGGUAUAUUAAAAAUACCAAAAUAUCACCCGAUCCAGCGCAGUGUGAGCUAACUAAAAGCCAAGAAAUAGAUAUACCCGAGGAACCUAAACCAGAUCCCAUCGAAGUAAAGAGGAAGAGAAAAACAACUGAGAUGGAGAAUAUCGCGUGUCGUGUAUUGAGAUUUGAGCUAGGGAAACUGGUUAUAGAAGAAUAG